GGGCAAGUCGGAUGAAAACCGAGCUCUGUGCCACAUCUUCCACUAAACGAUAAAGCCGCUACACCGAGAACUGGAGGCAGGACAGACUAAAUAAGAACCUAGCUUAAAAAAAAACGACAUUUAGCCUAUUGCGGUCAAACUUCAUAUCUUAUUUUUCUCUGAAAGUGUCAGACGGUCGUAAAACUCACUCGAACAUCUUGAAUUAUUCUCGUGGUGGAGUUUCAUCAAUAGGAGGAGGUGUUAGGUUAGAAUACUUUAAGUUAAGUUAACGGUUAAAUUAGGCUGUUGGUGACGUCAUAAAGUGGCAAAGUGGGCUUAACCGAAGUGGGCUUUUCAACCGGAAGACUCAUAAACAACCGUUACUCCUAAAAGAGGGGCACACACACUAAAGGAGCAGAGAAAGCCGAGCAGCCAGCGACGUGGAGAGUAAAAGCACAGGGAGAGUGGAGAAGUGAAAGGUGAGGGUACAGACACCAGCCCAGCUAUCUGCCUGCCUGACAGUGCUGUGUCAUGGGGAAACAGAACAGCAAGCUGCGACCCGAGGUCCUGAACGAUCUGAGAGAAAACACAGAGUUCACCGACCACGAGCUGCAGGAGUGGUACCGCGGCUUCCUCAAGGACUGUCCCACCGGUCACCUGACUGUGGAGGAGUUCAAGAAGAUCUAUGCCAACUUCUUCCCCUAUGGAGACGCCUCAAAGUUCGCUGAGCAUGUCUUCCGCACGUUUGACACCAACGGUGAUGCUACCAUCGACUUCAGGGAGUUCAUCAUCGCUCUGAGUGUGACGUCUCGUGGCGGGCUGGAGCAGAAGCUGCGCUGGGCCUUCAGCAUGUACGACCUGGACGGGAAUGGGUACAUCAGCCGGGCAGAGAUGCUGGAGAUAGUUCAGGCAAUUUACAAGAUGGUGUCAUCAGUGAUGAAGAUGCCCGAGGAUGAAUCAACACCAGAAAAAAGGACAGAUAAGAUCUUUAGACAGAUGGACAUUGACAAUGAUGGUAGAUUGUCUUUGGAGGAGUUCAUUAAAGGUGCCAAGAGCGACCCGUCCAUUGUCAGACUGCUGCAGUCGGAUCAGGGAGCCUCUCGUCAGCUGUGAGGACAGAGACAAAGACAGACACACACUCUCGAAUACGCAAUCACAAACCCACAUCCAUCCAGCUUUCUGCUGUUCACCUGGUAGAGGCUCGGCCGUCAUCACACCCCCCUCAACAGACAAUCCUUUCAUUUUAACAACACUCCCAUGUUUUAAUGUUUACAUUAAUGGAUACUUCUCUUUUGUCAAUGUGGCUCCUUUUCUGUGGACUAUGACGUGCUUUCAGUUCAGGUAUUCAGUUUUUCUGCUUUUCCAAAGCUCUCUUGCCUUGAAAUCGUUUUUACCUGUUCUCCGUAAGUAGAAGUGCCAUAUCAUAUAUUUAUACUGACUGGAUUAUGUGCUCACAAGUAUUAUGACUCCCAUUAUGUUACACUAAGAGGAAACUAAUUACAUCACUUCAUAUAAUUUGAUUUGACUUAACUGUGUUGAAAAGUGACUUGUUGUUCAGGAUGUCAACUGUAACUUAACAACUUGCUGUUCUGAACAAGUUCUAUAUGCCUUUGGUAUUGCAUGUGCUCGGUGAUAUGCGUUUUCUGAUAAUGUAACAGUUUACGUGAAUAAGGAGGCCGUGAUUGUUUUUAUUCCUUUUUAUUUUUGUAACAAAAAUGUUUUGUUUUCACACAAUUGAAAUAAAGUCGUGUAAGAAAAAUCUACACAAGAAGUCCCACAGUAUCCCCUUGUCCUGGACAUGAUGCAAACCCACCAAGAUUCACACUUACUGGUUUAAAAAGAGAAAAAAAAAAAGAAAAACUUUGUUUUAUAUAUAGUCACAUCAGGUUGGACAUUGAAGUGUUACUUUGACAAGU